AUGAUAGAUAUACCGGGUGUCGGCAAUAACAGUACAGCUUCUACCCCGGCAUCAAGCACAACUACUGUCACAAGCAGUACAUCGUCUAUCACACCUACUUCUUCUUGUUCUUCAACAACUUCUUCGAAUUUACGUGAUCUUGAAAAUCUAGUCAAACAACAACAGCCAAGAAGUGGAACAGGAAAAACUGUCCCUUCUUCAUCAAAUGUAGUCAAUAAUCCAAACACAAUUAGUCCCACCGCGGCCAAUUCAACAACGAAUUCUUCCAGUGAUUUACGAAGAACUCAACAUGAAAUCGAAGAUCCCGAUUACGUCUCUGUUCCUAGACUAUGUCCAGGAGUUAAUUGCCCGGAAAAGAUUGUUUUAUGUUUGGAUCUGAGUUCAGAAAUGGAACAAAUGAAAUUUCUUUCCCGAGCUGGAGAUCGCUUUUCUACUUUACAAUUAGUGAAGAGAACAAUUGGUCUAUUUGUUCAAAGCAAACACCGCUUGGAUAACCGCCAUGAAUUUGGAUUAGUUACAGUACAUGAAACUGCUGCAUGGUUUCGAGACUUCACCAAAGAUCCUCGGGAUAUUUCUAAUUUAAUAGAGGAUUUAGAUGAAACAUGUGAUUGCUCUGCCCUUGAUAUAGGAUCUCUGUUGAAAGUAAUCUUGAGGCGAGUUGAGUUGCCAGUAAUGGAGGAUCCAUCUUUACCACCUCCAUACAUUGUGAGAGUCAUUCUAAUAAUUGGCCGAUCGCAAAGCAAGUUAGAGUUAGACCAUGAGGUACAUAAGAUGCUUGUUAUGUCUCCAUAUUUAUUUAUUGAUGUCUUCUAUGUUCAUGAACCACCAUCAGAGCACAAUUGUUGUGAGCAAAUCUUUGACCAACUGUGUUCUCUGGAUGUAAAAGGACAGUCUUAUAUAUUUGAAGUCUCCAAAAAUCUGACCAAACUCUAUGACAAUAUGGCUCAACUUCUUGCUCAUCCUUUACAAAGGCCAUUACAGAAAGAUACAUCAAAUCGCAUUAGAGCAAACAUGGAAGAAGGUUGA